GUACCUGUGAAAACACUCUCUAAUAAACAGUUGCAUUGUUAUUGAAAUAACACUCCCAAAAUCCCCAAGCCAGGUCAAGCCCGAUUGCCAGUCUUCCUGAUGGAGAAAUCCUGCCAUUUUUUUUUUUUAAAUCAGAUUUAUCGAGCUGGUGGUGUUUGGAAUAAUGAAGUGAAGCACUAGGCCUUCCCUUAGGUCCUCAGCUGUCCCGCAGUACGUUCCAUGGCUGGUGCUGAAAACCUGGGCGGCUUGGCUGGGUUUAGAACCAUAGCAGCUUUGACUCCCUGCACACUCCCUUUGUAGGGGGGCGGGGGGUGGGCAAUGAGCAGCACAAGCCUGCCAGGAGAAGUCAUUGGGACCGAGCCUUUGUCUGAGAGGAGGCAGGUGCGGCACAUGCCCUGGGAGUUACUCCCCUGCUCUGACUCCUCACCAUCACCCCGGCCCCGACUGACGGCAGCCUCCUGAGCCUGUGGAGGCAGAGUGGAGGACCCAUAGUACUGGAGUCGGUGCCAUGCAAGGGCACCUUGGGGGCAAGGGCAAAGGUCCUCUCCAGCGGAAGUAACAUCACUCACCGAAAGACUGAUCACGACAAACUUCAUCUCUGCAGCCUGGGGCGCGCUGAGCCACUGAAAGCCAUUAUUUCUAGAAAAAUCACACUGUCCUCCUAAGGAUCCCUUUGAUUGUGUGCUUGUGGAAAACAACAGCCAAAGAAAACUAUGUGCACAGUCAUAUGUAUAUUUCGGUUAUGGUCUAGUUAAGGGGACAUGCCCCCCAAUUCUCUUCCUCAUCUUUCAGAUCUUGGCAGACCCUGACCUCUCAGUGGCGCAGAUCAGAGGUUGGCCUUCAGCCGACAAUACACGUCUGUGCCAAGCCUCGCUGUGUCCCUUCACCAUGGCUUACAUAGCCAAGUCCUUCUACGACCUCAGUGCCACCAGCCUGGACGGGGAGAAGGUAGAUUUCAACACAUUCCGAGGCAGGGCCGUGCUGAUUGAGAACGUGGCCUCGCUCUGAGGCACGACCAGCCGGGACUUCACCCAGCUCAACGAGCUGCAAUGCCGCUUUCCCAGGCGCCUGGUGGUUCUCGGCUUCCCUUGCAACCAAUUUGGACAUCAGGAGAACUGUCAGAAUGAGGAGAUCCUGAACAGUCUCAAGUAUGUCCGCCCUGGGGGUGGAUUCCAGCCCACCUUUACCCUUGUCCAAAAGUGUGAGGUGAAUGGUCAGAACGAGCAUCCUGUCUUCGCCUACCUGAAGGACAAGCUCCCCUACCCUUACGAUGACCCAUUUUCCCUCAUGACCGAUCCCAAGUUCAUCAUCUGGAGCCCCGUGCGCCGCUCGGAUGUGGCCUGGAACUUUGAGAAGUUCCUUAUUGGGCCGGAGGGGGAGCCCUUCCGCCGCUACAGCCGCACCUUCCAGACCAUCAACAUUGAGCCUGACAUCAAACGCCUCCUCAAAGUUGCCAUAUAGACACGAGCUGCUCGGCACGCGGAUCUACUCCAUCCCGCCCCUGGUAUCUUUCCUUAGGGUCAGGGUCUCCUGCAGGAGACACUGCUGGACCAAAGCUUCCCCCUGAAGAGCCUUGCCCUUCCAGUCCCCCUGUCUCCCUUCCUUCCCCCAGCCUUCUGGUUGGUGAUUCUACUUGGAGCUCCAAGACUUGGGUGGCUCUGGGCCUUCACAGAAUGAUGGCACCUUCCUAAACCGUACGGGCGGUGUCUGAGAAGUGUGAAGGGCUUAGAGCCAGCCUGCUAGAUGGGUCCAAUAAAGGGCAGGUGGGCAAACGGCCAA